AUAUAUAAUGCAUUCAAAGCCUAUCACCAGCAAAGUUGAGUGCCUCCAAUCUCUCCAUCACAUCCCAAUAGCUCAUAUCAAAUGGCUAAAAUUCACCCUCUCCCUCUUCCACCUGCUGAACUUGAUGAAUCUUCUUGCUCUUCCUCUACUGCUUCUUACAUCACUUCAAAGCCAGAGACCUUUACUGUGUGGAUGAAAUCCCUUGUGAUGCAGGCAUAUGGAUGCACUGUUUAUAAUGAAAAUGGAGAGAUUGUUUAUCGUGUCGAUAACUAUGACAAGAAGGGAAGCAGUGAGGUCUAUCUCAUGGAUCUCAAGGGCACAGUCCUCUUUACGAUAAGGAAACUAUGGCUUUUCAGACAAUGGAAGGGUUACAAAAGUGAUGGAUUGAAAUUAAAAGCUCAAAAGCCUUUCUUCCAAGUGAGAAAAAGCUCAGGAAUUUUCAAAGGUAAUUUAUCUUGUGAAAUUGCUGUCAGAUCUGGUAGUGCUCAACAUGGUUGCUACAAGUUAGAAGCCUCAUCUGGGAAAUCAGCUUUCAAGAUUACAGACUUCAAUGGAAGACUAGUUGCAAAGGCCACAAGAAAGCAAACAUCUUCAGGAAUAGUAUUAGGAGAUGAUGUAUUGACCUUAGUGGUAGAACCUCAGGUUGAUCACUCCUUUAUCAUGGCUAUAGUGACUGUGUAUGGAUUAAUUCAUCACAGGUUGUGAGAUUUCCGUUAAUUGUUGGCUCCAAGGUUCAAGCUGGUUUCAGAAUAUGGAACAGAGAAAGAAAUUCAUUUUCCGUCAUUUACUAACUCAUGAAUUUUGCUGAUCUAAGGGAUUUUUCUUCUUUUCUUUUGCCUGAGGAAUUGGUUCCCUCAUUUACUAACUCAUGAAUCUUGCUGAUCUAAGGGAUUUUUCUUCUUUUCUUUUGCCUGAGGAAUUGGUUUUUGCCCCCCAACUUUUACUGUAUAUGCAGAGCUGAAAUAUUGCCCUACUAAGUCUGUAAUUAUAAAGAAAAAAAAAAUUCAAUAUCAAACAAAUUCCAUCAAGUUUCAGUUUA